AACUAAGUAAAAUAGGAAUUUGCAGCGGUUCGUGAACGCCGCAUUCGACCAAGUGGAGUUGCCGUAGUGCGUCACAUGUUAAACUAUGUUGUUAGCUAAUGCUACUAGCAGCUUGCCGACUUUUAUUCUGAACUAAAUGAAAUACUAAAGAACAGCAAAGAAACUACUGCGAUCCAAGUUGUCUGUUUUUUUAUUAUUAUUAUUAUUACCGCGUACUUCCAAAGGAGGUGAUAUUUCAACGUGUUGUAUGACACUAAUUGUGGUUAUUUGGUAAAGCUAAUGUGGCUAGCUUGUCUGCUAGGCAGGAAGAGUUGACAUCUCUCAGCUAACACAGAGUAUAGAAGUUAACUGGAAGAGACCUCCAGAUGCGGCUAAAGGACCCCUUUUCUUUGAAAGCUGUUGAGAUGACUAAGCGGACCAACAAACCGCGGAAACCCAGAGAUGAAGAGUCAUCGGAUGAAGUCAGUGGACUGACAUGCCAGCAUGUAAACAAAGCCGUGGACCUGGGCUCUGUGAAGAAGUCGGUCCUGUCGGGCAUGUGGCCGGUGUGUUCAGACUGCCUGAAGGAAAGGACCAUGAUUGAUGGGGAGCCGGCGGCACCCCACGACAUCCUAGUGUGCCUGAAAUGUGGUUUCCAGGGCUGUAACCAGUCGGGGAUCCUGCACGCCGUCAAGCAUCACCAGGCUUUCCACCUGGAGUCGCACUGCAUCACCAUCAGCCUGAGCACAUGGAAGGCCUGGUGUUUUGAAUGCAACGAGGAGCUCUCCACUCACUGCAAUAAGAAGGCUCUGGCUCAGACACUCGACUUUUUACAAAAGCAGAGUGCCAAAGCAACGACAGCAUCACCCAAGAUCAUUAAGCUUCGAGAUGAAUCCUCCGAUUACGUCGACCCGUCCAGAGGAAAGAGUCCCGUCAUUAACACCACCUUGGUCCCUGUUAAAGGAAUAACGAACCUUGGCAACACCUGCUUCUUCAAUGCUGUUAUGCAGAAUCUGUCCCAGACACACAUGCUCAUUGACCUCAUCCAGGAAGUGAAGGAAAAAGGACACAAGAUUAAGAUUUGUCCCCCUGUGGAGAUGAACCUGAAUCCACUCAUGGUUACGCUGCCCAGCCCGGAGCCUUUGACUGCAGCCAUGUUUCUCUUCCUUCAGAGCAUGAAGGAGACAGGAAAAGGCCCCAUCAACCCUAAAAUUCUCUUUAACCAGCUCUGUCAGAAAGCUCCGCGCUUCAAGGGCUACCAGCAACAAGACAGUCAAGAGCUUCUGCACUACUUACUGGACUCCAUACGAGUAGAAGAAACUAAAAGGGUCAAAGCUGCCAUUCUGAAAGCCUUCAACAAUCCGACAGAGAAGACUGCAGAUGAGGAAACCAAGCGCCAAGUCAAAGCAUAUGGAAAAGAGGGCGUGAAGAUGAACUUCGUUGACCGCAUCUUUGUAGGCGAAAUCACCAACACUAUUAUGUGUGAGGAGUGUGAACAUAUAUCCACAGUGAAGGAGGCCUUCAUAGACAUCUCUCUACCCAUCAUAGAGGAGAGGAUAUCCAAACCCUCCAACCCCAGCCGGCUCGGGAAAGCCGGCCGUGAGCAGGACGCGCACACAGCCCACCACGACCUGUCUGUUGCACACGCCGUCAACAAAAACACCAAGAAGCAGAGCGGACAGAAGCAGCUGAGGAGGAGGUCUUCCAGCUCUUUGGAGGAGAAGGGUGCGAGCUGUGCUGGGGAGCAGCCAGAGGAGGAGUGCGUGGGUGGCGGAUCGGCCCGCGGCCUCCCCGUUUGUAAGAUGGCGGCUGCCGGCAGUUUGUCCGACGGCAGCGAAAGAGACUCGGGUGCUCAGGACAGCAGCAACGACGCUGACAGUGAGGCCUCUGAGAGCGAGUGGGCGCCCCGUGCCUUCGGCCACGCCCAGGGGCACACCUCCACGUCUGCUUCUGCUCCGGCCUCUUCCUCCUCUCCCUCCUCCUCGUUGUCGCUCACCAGGCCAUGUGGCGCUGUAGAGCAGAUGACCGCCGCUGUUUCUAAGGUCAACCUGGGCUUCAAUUCUGGAGACGUCUCUGCUUCUGCUCACUGUUGUUACGAAGAACAAACUCAAAACAGAGACAACCUGCAGCACCACCAGGGGGCGUUCCAGGCUCUGUCCCACAGUUACACCCCCAGCUCCAAAGAGUGUUCCAUCCAGUCCUGCCUGCACCAGUUCACCUCAGUGGAGCUGCUGAUGGGCAACAACAAGCUGCUGUGUGAGAGCUGCACAGAACGGAGGCAAAAGCAGCUGCGGAAGAGCGGCUCAGCAGAUAAAAAGGUGGAGAAAAUGUAUACGAGUGCUCGGAAGCAGAUGCUCAUCUCUUUGCUGCCUCCUGUCAUCAUGUUGCAUCUGAAACGAUUCCACCAGGCAGGGAUGAACCUACGGAAGGUGAACCGCCACGUCGACUUUCCUCUGAUCCUGGAUCUGGCUCCGUUCUGCUCUGCCUCCUGCAAGAACCUGGCUGCUGGUGAGCGUGUCCUGUACAGUCUUUAUGGGAUAGUAGAACACAGCGGUUCAAUGCGUGGGGGCCACUAUGCUGCCUAUGUUAAAGUGCGGCCCCCCCAGCGGAGGACAGAACAGCUCCACAAGAACCUGUCAGGUGCGAGGGAUGCCAGCUGCAGCUCCCCGGGCCAGUGGGUGUACGUCAGCGAUACCACUGUGCAGACAGUACCUGAGUCCAGGGUACUCAACUCUCAGGCUUACCUGCUCUUCUACGAGGAAAUACUGUAAUGUGACGAAUCAGAAGUUUCUGUUGUGCUUUCAUCCUCCUGUGAUAAAUCCCCUCCAGCUCCUCUCUCUGGAACGGAGAAGAGGUGGAGGCAUGAAAAGGGAAUGUUUCACUGCUUAUGCUUGCUUUAUCUUUAAAACAAAGGCAUGGCAAAUUGUUUAAAAAAAUAUAGAGCAAGACUUUAAUUUAUUUUCUUUUUUUUUAUCCAUUUUCCUUCAUGUCCUUCUGUUAAACUGAGUUUUGUGAGUGGGGAUGAAAGCUUCUAGAAUCAUGUCUGAGACACAGACUGCAUGGUGGGAUUUGCUACAAACGCGCUAAAUUAAAGCACUCUGAGCUGCUCUGUGCACAUAUAUGUGAGAAACAUAUAUGUAGUGUGACAGUUUCAAUCAAAUUCUCAUCAUCUUUUACAUAACUAUUUCCUUUUUGUUUCCAUAAAUCUGUCUUUUUUUUCUCUCUUGAAUGUUGAUCAUCAUGUUAUUUUAAGACAGGAAAACUUGCAUCACCUUGUUCUUUUUUUUUGCGGGGGGGGGGUCACUUGAAAAAUGUUGAACAUAUUUGGGUUUAGAGGAGAAUCUGCAUCUGUUUAAAGGUUCUGCUAUUUGACAGUCUUUAAUAGGAGCAGAAAAACACAAAACUGUUUAAGCUUUUGACUACCACUACCAUUAGGACAGGUAAUGUGAACGAAAUCACAGUAAACGAUGGUUUACUCAAAGAUCUGCAGACAGAAAUGAAUCUGAAGACAAGACGUCUCAUUUUGACUUUAUCAUUGAAUGUUGAUGCUUUAUUUCCAGCCUCCACAACAGUUUCAUUUCUCCUUCUGGAUUUACUUGUUUUUCAUUUGCACCGUUUUUUUUUUCCAUCCAAAUGUUUGAAUUUCCGACUAUCAAAGAAACAAGUUUGCCAAAGACACGUUCUGCAGCUGCUAAACUCAGCAGUUUACGUUGUGUUUUGUCUGGAACUUGUUCUGUCUGAAACGCACACGGACGGAUUAACAAAAACACCACAUCUGCCUUCAUCUUGCUGUAACUACAACCUCAUCAUCACAGCAACCGUUUCAUUUCCAAAUGCAACUAGUACCUUUGAGGGAGAAAAAAGAAUUGAUAUUGUAAAUAGAACUUGAAGGCUUUUGGUCUCACAAAUGUCUUUGGGUAAAUGUCUUAAACUAAUGUGAAAAGCUGUUUGUCUGAUCUUUUAGAUUCGGCUCUUUUCAGUUUUUCUGCUCAAGCUUGUUUGCCAAAACAGCAGCAGGAAGAGGCAGAGGAGGAGGAGGGUUUACCAGAUAAAAAUGAGUUUUUUUAAAAGGAUCGACUCAGUGCCUCUGCAUCAGAAAGGCAAUGUAUGAUUGAAGAGACGCUGAGGUAAACGACUAGAGGCGUGUGCUUUAUUUAUGUACAGUAUGCUUACUGUAAGCAAAAACAGUAUGAAGUUUAUGUAAUUGUAUAUACUAAACAGUAUACAUUCAUGGUGCUUCAGAUGUUUAAGGUUUAUCUUCUCAGAAGUGAUCAUUUAAAUGCUGAAAUGCAUAUAAAUAUCUCAAAUAAAUGCCGUUUUGGAGCUGGAUGCUCCACAGGA